AUGGUCAAACUCACUGAGUCUAUCGUUUAUAUUCGAACCAAGUCCAGUGUCGAGAAUGUGCGAAAACUCAAUCUAUGGGGAUGUGAUAUAGAUGAUAUCGAAAUUUGUUCAAGAAUGAAAUGCAUUGAAAUAUUAUCUUUGAGUGUAAACAAGGUGACCACUCUGUCGGCUCUUCGUUCUUGUGAAAAUCUCACCGAACUUUAUCUUCGGAAAAAUGAAAUCGAAACCCUUUCAGAGCUUGAACACCUCAUUGGACUUAAAAAACUCACCGUCUUAUGGAUUGAUGAAAAUCCCUGCACAGCACACGGUGAUCAUAGAUUUAAAGUGAUACGGAUGCUUCCACAAAUUACGCGGCUGGAUGAUAAACCGGUGACAAUGGAAGAAAAACGUGCUGCUUCACCACCAAAUGAAUGGGUUGGUUCAAUGGGUUCAAUUGGAUCUCGUCUUUCAUCUCGUCAUUCAUCUACCGCAACUCUUACUGAGCAACCUAUUACUUAUGGAAAAGCUAUUGUGGAUACAAUGCUGCCGUGUCAAAUGCCUUCUUUUGGUUCAAUUAAUGAUCUUUCUGGACCCAUGUCUCAAUCAAUGUAUUCCGGCUUUAAUUCUGCCCGUAGUGCUUAUGUCGAUUCGAUGUCUCAAUCGAUGCAUCCAUUGAUAUCAGCAAAUCUGCUUCAAAAUGUCGGAAUGAGUCAAUCAUUUCAUCCAAUGUUGAAUGGAGAAAUGCCCGAUGAUGAAGUGGAUGAAGAAAAUGAUUGGAAUGAUUUCAAUUUGGAAGAAGAGUCAAGGCCAAAAAGUAUGGAAGGUAUUGCUUCUCGAUUAGCUCAACAAAGAAUUGAUUCUGCUCCCCAUUCAGCCAGAGACUACUCAAUGAGGCAAACAUCUGGUGUACCAAUGUCAAUAGCUUUAUAUCGACGAAGUAUGAGUAUGCCAAGGAGACGUUUUGAAAGAGCUCAAAGCACAAGUCCCGCUAGGGAACAACGACAUCAAAAAUUAAUGGCAGCAGUGAGAGUGCUUCUCGAUGAACUUGACUCAGAUGGAUUAAAGUCUGUAAUCGAAGAAGCACAAAAACGGCUCAAAAAACAAAGA